AUGGCUUCAGUUUUUUCUGAAAUAGACAGGAGAACCAACAAAUCUUCACUUUUUUGGCAUCACUCUGAAUCCAACCCAAUGCUUGAUAUUGAUCAAAAUAAACUAUAUGAAGGUGUUCUGAAGAUCCCAAUUCCAAACUCUUUAUGGAAAGAAAGAAAAUUUGUCCUUACAAAGUCCUCGAUUUAUUACUAUGAAGAAGGGGGUAACUUAUCCCAACUAAGAUCUUGCAUUUCUUGGAAGCAUGCUGAGUCGUUUUAUGAAAAAUGCUCACUCCCCCCCUUUUAAAUUGGAACAAAAAAUUUUGUUCCAAUUUAAACGAGGAUUAAGAAAAAUUUUUUUUAUAAAAAAACUUAUCUAAAAAUUUCAUAAAGGAACUACUGUUGGAGGAUGCACUAGAUUUUAGCUUAACAGAGAUCGUGCUCUGUAGUUGGAGAUUUGAAGAGUUGAUUGGAAAAAAAAUACAAGCAUUGUGCUGGAAUAAUUAGUGAUGGAAUCAAAAGGGUUUGUAAGUGAAGUUGUUAAAAUAAGAGGCAAAUUGACCCCUUUGUGGGGUGAUAACCAUUAAUUAAAUCUUAAAUCUAAAAAUUUCAAAAAUUUAGCGAAUUAGAUUAAUAAACUUAUUUAAUAAAAUGCUAUUUACUCUUUAUCCUUUAAAGCAAAGCAAGAUAUAACUAAAUUUUUCAUUAUUAGUUAAUAUGCCUCAAUUAGUUGGUAUCAAAACUAUCGAUAAAAAAAAAUUAAAAAAAAUUUUUAGAAAAUUUAUCGUUGAAUUUUGGAAAUUUUACCCACAUUUUGUUCCAAUUUUAAAAGGGGGGGAGUCAGACGAAAUGAGAUAUGGCUUUAGAAUUUCCCAAAACAGAUCCUCUCAGGAUUUUUAUACAAAAAAUACUGACGAGCUGGACAUUUGAAUGGGAUUUUUAUCAAAAGUCUGUAUAAUGAGCGAUUUAGAUGACAACUAUGAAAUUAUUAAAGAGUUAGGGAAAGGGAAAUACGCAGAAGUUUCUUUAGCUAAGGAUUUAGAUACAAAUGAAGAGGUUGCAAUCAAAUCUAUUUCAAAAGAAUUGAUAAAAGAAAGCUCUCGAGGAGUUUCUGGAGUUGUUAAUGAAAUCGAUAUUAUGAGGAAAAUAAAGCAUCCUAAUGUUAUUGGCCUACAGAAAGUUUUUGAAAGUGAGUCUCAUGUGCAUUUAAUAGUGGAUUACAUCCCUGGAGGUGACCUUUUUCAAAGGAUACUUGAAAAAGGCCCUUUUUCUUUAAAAAUGGCUGAGAAAUUUAUAAAGAAUUUGCUGUCAGUUUUGGAUUAUAUUCACUCGAUGAAUAUAAUACAUCGAGAUAUCAAACCUGAAAACAUAUUCCUCUAUAAUAUAAGCUGAAUAUGAAUUGUAUAAUAUUCUGUAAAAAUGAUAGAAAUUUUGUAUUUAAUACUCACUUGCAGUUUAUUUAUAUUUAGUAUAAUUAUGAAAACCCACGAAAAUGACUUUGAUUUCAAGCUAUCUGACUUCGGUUUAGCAUCUGAUUCUACAGAACCUCAAACCUUAAGAUGUGGAUCACUCGGAUACGUAGCUCCAGAGAUCUUAAGAAAAGAACCAUACACUAAAAAAGUCGAUGUUUUCUCAGCAGGAAUAAUUCUUUUCAUUAUUUUGACAGGCCAAGAUCCUUUUCCAAGCAAAGACGCCAACGAUAAGCUAAAACGAAACAAAAAAGGGGUUUUGUAUUUCCAAGAAAAAUAUUGGAAAACGAUCCCAAAAAUUGCCAUCGAUUUAUUAAGAAAAUUAACCGAAAAUGAUCCUGAAGCAAGAUAUAAUGCUAACUCCCCCCCUCCGUGAGUGAACAAAAAAAUUUUGUUCACUCACGGAGGGGAUUCAUUUUUUUUGUUUUUAAAAAAUUUAUAUAUAAAAAUUUUAUUUUUUUUCGAAAUUUGAAAAAUCCUAAUUCGAAAAAAAAUUGGAAAGCAAAUAUUAAUUUAAAUUAUAAAAUUUAUGUUUUAAAAAGUAAUUUGUUUAAAAUUAAACAGAAUUAGCUAUAGAUUUCAUUAUAAUAAUUAUCACUUAUAUAUCAAAAUUUUUUUCCAUAAAAAAGUUUUGUAUUAAAAAAUUUUUGUUCACUCACAGAGGUGGGUUUUUUUGGGCAAAAAAUAGCGAUUUUUCUAAUGGUUUUGUUCACUCACGGAGGGGGGGAGUAAGCAAGCUUUGCAGCAUCCUUGGCUUAACCCAGGUAGGAAUUUAUUCGAAAAUGACGAAAUUAAUUGCUCAAAAAAAGUGGCAGAGCGACUAAGCUUUGGGGAUUCAAGUAAAAAAGAAAUGAAAAGGCCGUCAUCUGUAGCACCAGAUCUGAAAAGUGAGUAUUUUAAAAUAAGAAUCAAACAAGGAAAACACUUCACAGUGCAGCAGCCUCAUUGUAUCAGUAGAAGGAAUAGUCCUAAAAAGCUGAGGGAGGCGAUUUUAGCAAAUCCAGGAUAUGAUCAUGUGGCUUCUAAAAAGCAGAUUGGAAACUCUAAUGGCUUAUUAUAA